AUUGGUAGUCGGUUGGUAAACGCGCAGUGCCGCGGCGCGGCCAGUUGCCUCGCGACCGCCGCGCCCGCCUGUCUGUGUUGCCACAAUGGCGUACUCGUGGGACAACAGGGUUACGUUUGUGGUUCGAUUUCUUUAUGACAUCGACAACAAUGGCUACCUCGACGCGCACGACUUCCAAUGCCUCGCGCUGCGCUCCUGCGUCCUUGAGGGCAAGGGUGACUGCUCGGCAGCUCGCCUCCAGAAGUACCAGCACAUCAUGCUCAGUCUGUGGGAAGAGAUCGCCCAGCUGGCGGACUUCGACAAGGUUCCUGACUAUGACGGUACCAUCUCAGUGGACGAGUUCAAGCAAGCAGUCAAGAACAGUUGUGUAGGGAAGCGGUACGAGGACUUCCCUCAAGCCAUGAAGGCGUUCAUUGAGUCCAACUUCAGGAUGAUUGAUAUCAAUGACGAUGGGGUUAUGGGGGUGGAGGAGUACAGAUAUGACUGCGUGCAACGGAUGGUGGUGGAGGAUAUCAAGGUCAUCGAUGACGCCUUUGACACGUUAUUAACUGAUGAUGACAGGAAGAAAGGCGGCCUCACCUUAGCCAGAUACCAGGAACUCUUCGCGCAGUUCCUCGGGGACGAGAAGGAGGACUGCCAAGCGAAGCACCUCUUCGGCCCUCUAGAAAUAUAACCACCUUAGUUCUAUAGCAAGUUUAGCCCUUAUGGCUUUAGCUGUGCCUGCUACACCUAUUAAGCACCCAGUUGCACAUUAGAUAUUGCCGGUCAAACAAGUUUGUCACUAGAAAAAAACGAGAAAUUCAAAUUUUCUAUACGACGAAAAACAUUAGUACCUUUU